AUGUCCGAUAUUAACACAACUCUCCUCAACUCAAUUCAAAAGAUUGAGGUUGAUCUUGCUGAAAUCAAGCAAGCAUUGCGCAAGCUUCAAAGGCAAUUCAGCAAUCAAUUUGCGCCAGCAGUCAGUGCGGAAGAUCUAACUACAAUGCAACAAAGCAUUAUUGAGCAGAGUUCUCUUGAGUACAUUGCCAAGUCUGUGAAAAGAGCCCAGCUCACAGAGUACCCUGAUCAGCUCGGACUAUCCUGCGGCCUCAAAAGAAUAGAAGAAUAUUCCAGAGAAAAACAGGGAAUACUGCAUGAUGCAUUUGGAGAGGUUGGCAAAGAAUGGUGGAUUGCACAUCCACCAAUCUUCAAGAGUGACAACCAGACGCACAAGAGGAGAAUGGCAGAGAAGAACAAAAUACAGCGAGACAUAAGUGAUUCUUUGCUUUCUUCUUCUGAUAUGUCAGAAACUGGUGAUUAUGAGUCGCCCAUAAUGGCAGAUGUGCUGUAA